ACGUUUUCGUCGUUCUGACUACCCUCGGAAAAUACUCCAGUAUUGCUUAUCUGAGGGUUGAACAAUCUGAGACUUCUUGAGUAGAGUCUCAAGCCGAUUCCUGAAGGUCACUUACCUUACCCAUAUACUCCAGGCCACCGCGUCUGUUCCGGUUCUCGGCGUCAAGACGGGCGGUUGCUCUUGUAGUCAAUAUGUCUGUCAACUCAGUCGAUGCUGCGAUGGCUGAGGCCCUCAGAUACCUGACUCAGAUUACUUCUUAUUUUCGUGACCGCCAAAACAAUAUUGAUGUUGCCAAUGAGAUCGGAAAGCUUAGUGCUUCGAUCGUCACUCAAGUCCUCAUUGGCGUGUCUAAUAUUCCGGUCUCGGACUAUCUACUCGCACCACAGCCCAGUGACAGUAGUCAGAACUCCAUUGAAGGAUACGCUGUUAACAAUCAGGUUCAGCGCACCUUGGGCCCCGCUUUCUUUGGCGAGGACCAGCAGGAGAACCAGCGCAGCCUUGUGUUGCAGCAGGCACCUAUUCAUGACAAUCAAGUCCAUUCAAGUGGAAGCUGGGCUCGAGUCGUUGGCACAGUCCCCGAGGGACCCGCUCACGCUCAGGAGCUAGUGCAGUAUCUGUUACCUGCCUCCUUGACCUCGAGCACACUUUCCCAAAGCCAGAACAGUGAGGAGGAGGCAGGAUGCCCAGAGCUGACAGCCGUGGGACUCAUGCUCACCUCGUCCAUUGUGCCAAACCAGACUGAGGCCAAAGCGGGCGUCAUCCGCAUCUAUGGCAAAGCCUCCAGAGAACAUACCCAGUAUAUUACUACUCGCAUCCACGAGGGUGCGCUGCAGGAAAUCCGCGUCGAGGCCGAUGACAGAACCCGUGUGACUUUUCAGCUGGCGACCUCGGCGCUCGAGUUUCUCAGGUCCAACCGUCAGAUGGAAAGUGUUAUGGGAUAUGGUCGUUUCGGUGCCGGCUAUCGUGUUGAAUUGGCUGAGAUCGUGGACUGGAACGAAGACCUACGUCGCAUGAACCAGCCUAUUCGUGAGCGUCGCCGCCUCUCUUUCGCCAGAAAGAGACUUUUUGCUGAGGGCAUGACCCCUGAUAAGUGGAAGCAUGACAUCCGCCAGCUGGCGGGUCCUGGCGCUACCGACUUCCUUUGGGUUUUCAAUUCUGGUAACGCGACCGCUGUUUUCAACAGCACCACUAUUGCCCGUCGUGUGCUUGAGACGUUCGAAACUUGGAAAAUCGGCCGCAACGUCUACAAUGGUGUCUCAGUGACCUACUCCUCGGACCCCUGCGAGAAGGAACUCGCGUUAGUUCGCGAGAGCCGUCCCAACAUGGGCCGAGGCUACGUGAAGCGGGUCAUCCGCUAAGUGUAAUUGUCCUUUGUCGGGGAUAACUAAGCCCUCGAAGGUGACGAUUGAACCUGGAGGUCAACCAACAAUAUCUGAUUAACCUGGAUUUACAACAUGCAAGUGGUGCGAGAAGGUCAGGAGAGGGCGAGGAAGGAUACAGAAACAGUGAUGAA